AUGGAUUUAAGAAACUUACCAAAUCAAAUGGAUAUUCAACGUCGUCCAUCCUUAUCCUCAUUAUCUUCCACUUCAGGAUAUGCAUCUUCAACUUAUGGUGGUAAUCAAAAUGAUAGUAAUACUCAUACCCAUGCAUCAAAUACUCCUCAAUUAACUAAUCAAAGAUUAGCUACUAGGAAUAUGAAUUUACAAACCUCUUCUUGGCUUAAUCAACCAAUGAACUUGCCUGCUGCUGGUAAUGUGGGUCCUUGGGUUGAACAACAACAACAGCAACAACAACAACAACAGCAGCACCACCACCAACAGCACCCACACCAAUCUAUUGAUUUGACUUCAAAAAAUAGAUCAGGUUCAUCUACUAAUUCCAUUAGAAAUGAUGACGAAAACGUUAAUGUUAAUGCUAAUGCAACUAAUGACCUUCAAAUUAAUGAUGAUAUUAAUAUAACCACUCCUAAUAUCCAUGUGGCAUCUAGUACAGUUGCCACAAAUGAUGAAGUUGAUGAUGAUUUAAUUCCUACUGCUAUUGUAAUUAAAAAUAUUCCAUUUGCAAUUAAAAAAGAACAAUUAUUAGAUGUUAUGACCAAAUUAAAUUUACCAUUACCUUAUGCAUUUAAUUAUCAUUUUGAUAAUGGUGUAUUCCGAGGAUUAGCUUUUGCUAAUUUUACAUCUACUGAUGAAACUGCAUUAGUUGUUAAUCAAUUAAAUGGUAGAGAAAUUGGUGGACGUAAAUUACGAGUUGAAUAUAAGAAGAUGUUACCAUUACAAGAACGUGAACGGAUUGAACGGGAAAAACGAGAAAAAAGAGGUCAAUUAGAAGAACAACAUCGAUCUACUUCAAAUGCAUCUUUGGCUUCACUACUUUCUACAGCAUCUACAACUGCUGCCACCAAAAAUUUCAGUAUAAAUGGUGGUGGUACUCCUUCUGCAAUGAUGACUGAACGAGCAUUUUUCACUUAUCCAUUUAAUAGUAUUCUUUCAACUCCACCAAUAGAAUUGAAUUUUAAUGAUCCUGAGAUUUUGGAAUUAUAUACUCAAUUGGUUUUAUAUCGUGAUGAUUUAUCUAAAUCAGUCUAUGAAGUGGCUAUUUCACCGGUGAAUAUGAAUAUGAUUCAUAGAAAAACUUUAUCUAUACUUGCCAAUUAUUUGAAUUUAUUAGAAUUGUUUGAUAAUGGACUUAUAAUUAUCAGAAGAAAACCGGGUUAUGUUUCAAUGAAUCAACAAACUCAAGUUGUCCAAUCGCAACCAGCUCCACCCCCACCACCACAUCAUUCAUCGUCCAUGAUGAAUUUGAAUCAACUUGCAGGUGCAAUGUUGAGUGGUAAUACAACUGGUGGUGGUGGUAGUAGUGGUGGUGUGGCCAGUACUAAUCCUGUUCAUCCUGAAUUAUUGAGAUCUCAAUCCCAAUCGGCAUUACCAUUACCUAGAUUAAGACAACAGGCAUCCACCCCAAUUCUACAAACAAUGCCUCAAUAUGGCAGUGGUGGAAGUGGAACAAUUCAAUCACAACAAGUGAUUACCCAAUCUCAACCACAAAGACCAUAUGGUCAAACCCCACAAUAUGCAUAUCAACAACAACAACAACAACAGCCAACCUCCCAACAACAACAUUUCCAGCAACAACAGCAACAUCAACAACAAGCACAACAAGCUGUCACUCCAACAUUGGGUUCUAGUGCUGCUGCAUUAUUGAGAUCAAAUAGCAGUAGAUCAUAUGUGGAUAUUAGAUCUACUCCACCACAAUUCUCCCAACAACAACAACAGCAUCAACAGCAGCAGCACCAGAUGUCUUCACUUAAUGAUUCACCAACCCCUCAUCAUCAACAAAUCUCCCAACACCACCAUCAUCAUCUCCAACAACAACAAUAUCAACAGCAACAGCAUCUGCAACAACAACAAUAUCAUCAAUCACAGCCUCAGACUCCGUUAUCGUCAACAGAUAUAAAUUCUCGUUUUCAACCAUUUGGAGUCCAGAAUAAUCAAUUAACUGGGAGUUUUACGGCGUUGCUGCCACAAGUGACUUCCCGUGGUGAUGAUAAUCAUAGUAAUAAUCCUGGAUCUUCAAUGAGUGGUGGUGAUGGAUUGAGUCAUAAAUUCAAUAGUCUUGGAUUGGGUGGUAAUAGUAGUGGUGGUAAUAAUAGUGGAGGAGGAAAUAGUAAUAAUAAUAAUAAUAAUUAUGAAAGUGGUGGUAGUGGUAGUGGUGGUGGAAUUUGGGGACCGAAAUAA